UGCUGUAGCCUCUCGGGGAGCAGCAGCACAUCCCGCUCGGGGAGCGUUGCGCGCCUGGAUCGCCGUCUUGGCAGCUGCAGGCCACGAUCACUGCGCAGGGCGACCUCGUCCGCCUUGUGCUUCAUACCCUGUGCCCGUCCCUAUUCUCGUCCUUGUCCCCUUUGUCACCCUCCCCCUAAACCUUGUCCUCGUCCCAUUCCUCAUCCCCACUUGGCACCCGGCAGCCCGCCGGGGGCUUCUUGCCCUUCCUGCUGCUGGGAGCUGCAAGCAGGGCCAUGCCGUGGCUUCUGAGCAAGAAGCGAUGGCAGUCGCCAUCCAGCAGCACCAGUGGGCAGUCCUGGGCUGCCACCAGCUCCAGCAGCACCUCCCAGCUCCGGGAGCAGGGGCUGGGCAGGCUGCACCGCGCGGCCGCCCGCGGCGACCUGGGCUGGCUGAGGCGCUGGCGCUGGUACGUGAAGGUAGUCGGCAUCGACAGGCCAGACCAGGAGAUGCGGACACCUCUGCAUCUGGCUUCGGCCAACGGCCAUGCAGAUGUCGUCAGAUAUCUGCUAAGAAAGAACAGCCAGCCCAACCUCGCUGACAACUUCAAGAGGACGGCCCUGAUGAAGGCAGUCCAGCAGGAGCAGGAAGAAUGUGUUGCUGUUCUGCUGGAACACGGUGCCGACCCCAAUCUGGCAGACGCUGAUGGCAACACUGCCCUUCACCUGGCUGUCCUCUCUAAAAACACAGCUGUAGCAGGGCUGUUACUGGAGCAUCAUGCCAAGAGUGAUGCUCAGAACCAGUGGGGAUUUACCCCCUUCAAACUUGCAGCCUUGCAACAGCAUGAGGAGAUUCUGGAGUGCCUUGUGAAAAAAGCAGCUGACAGGCAUGCUCAAGCCCAGGGGGAAAGGACUGCUCUUGUGGUUCCUGUAAGCCAUGAGGCUCACCUGGAGGAAGAUAAUCUGCGCUUGCAGGAGGAGUUGGACAGGGCUGAUGUGGAGCUGCGGGAGGAGGAAGAAAAGCAUCUUCAGUCUGAGCAUUGUGUUCCUGACUUGAAGACUGCCUUGGAUGACAAGAAAAGACAGGCAAUAACUUCUUCCCAGAAUCUGCAGGACCUCCUGUUGGCAUCUUGUGAGACCAAUCCAACUGUAAAACAACUGGAAGAAGACGCGCAACACUUUGCAAGUGAAAACAACAGAUUGGAAGCCACUGUCCAGCAGCCAAGUGAUAGCGUUGAAGCCCUUCCGAGAGAGCUGCAAGCCUCUGCCUCAGGUGGUGAACUUUCCCAGCAGCUGGACAUGGAGCCUAGAACAGGCAUGCAGCCAGAGGCCCCAAACCAGGCUUUGCAAGAAGAGCUGUCCACUCUGCUUGGGAAGUGUGAAAAACUGGAGAAGAGCAAAUGUCAGCUGCAAGAUAAGGUGACAAAACUCCAUCAUCAUUUGGAGACUUUGGUACUGGAUGGCAGCCAAAGAGAACAAUGUCAAAGAGAGGUGGAAGAACGAGCUGACCAGGAAAGAAGUCAAAAGCUCCAAGACGUCAGCCUCGUUUUGCAAGCACAGGCAGCCUACCAGGCCCCACUAGGACAAACCGGAGAGAGUCACUGUGAUUCCAUGAGAAUCCAGCUGGAAGAAAGAAUUAGACAUCUCCAAAGUGAAUUGGACAGAGUCAAAAAAACCCAACAAGAGAGUGCUUCUCGUAAAGAAGCAACGCAGGGAGAGAUGGAGAUGUACAAAGAGCUGUAUGUGGAGGAAGCAAAGACCAGAAGAUGCCUAGCCAGGAAACUGGAAAGGUUGGAAAAGCUUCUGAGGACAGAUAGGAGGAAACUUCAGGUUAAUGAAGAGAAAGAAAGGCAGUCCCAGCUGGAAGAAAUGAAGAAGAGAUACUCUGAAAAGGUCAAGGAAGUUGAUAGAUUCCAAAGAGAGGUUGCUGAACUUUCCCAGCAGUUGGACAGGGAACGUGAACAGUGCACGCAGCUGGAAGCCAAAAAUCAGGCUUUGCAGGAAGAGCUGUCUACCCUGCGUGGGAAGUGCGAGAACCUGGCGAUGGACAAAUGCCAGCUGCAAGAAGAGCUGGCAAAACUCCGGCAUCAUUUGGAGACCAAUGUGGUGGAUCGCAGCCAACUGGAACAAUGUAAAAGAGAGGUGGAAGAACAAGCAGACCAGGAAAUAAGGGAAAAACUCCAAGAAGUCAAUGAGUUUUUGCAAGCACAGGCAGCCUACCAGGACACACUGGAAGAAAUCAGAAGCAGUCAUUUGGACUCACUGAAAAACCAGUUAGAAGACAGAAUUAGAGAUCUGGAAUGUGCACUGGGAAGGAGAAAAAGCAACCCACCAGAAAGACCUUUUCAGAGAGAAUCCACCCAGGCAGAAGUGGAAAAGUACAAGGAUCUGUAUCUGGUGGAAGCGAAAGUCAGAAAAAGCCUCGCCAAGAAACUGGAAAGAGCUAAUGAGAGACUUGCAGAGGCCAACACCAAGCUCCUUUGGGAGCACCACAGAAGCAGAUCUGCAGUCCCAAGCAGCGCUGUCAGCGGACAUCUGGCUGCAAGUCCACUUCUGGAUUCAACUGGCCUGGGACUUCUUGGCAUCAGUUUGGGACUGAGCAGAAGUCUGGGUCUCAGAACACCACCCAGACACCUGUGGUAAAGCCCAAGACUUCUGCUCAUCAGGUUGGUACAAAAUUUCCAGAGUGGUCAAAGGCCAAAAAAGGUUGAAAUGGAAGCAAUGAGCUGUGUGACUCCAUUCUUUUCCAAGAGAACCUGUGGGAAAGAGCCCUGUGGUGCAGGAACCUCCCACCUAAGUUCUACACUAGAUUUACACGUAGUAAUCUUCUGUAGCCUGUGGGGUUUGGCGGGAAGCCAACUCCAACCGGCUCCAGAUUGUUUUGGGGUCAGAAGUGGGAUUGUUUUGGUUCUUUUGGUUUUGUUGUGGGAACAUUGUCUGGGAAAGCUACCAAGAACAGGUUUGUUUUGUAAACAUCCACCAUUGUUUUGGGACACUACCGGGAGAGCUGCCAAGAAGGAUUUUGUUUAUCUAAACAUAGCUUUGUUUAGGAAGAAGGAGAAAGAAAAAUAAUGACAAUGGCCUUUUUACUAAUUUUU